AUGGCUAAUGAAGCACCAGUUCCUCCUCCUGUUUUAUGGGCUCAGCGGAAAGCAGAGGUCUUUCUCACAAUAAGCGUUGAAUCCAAAGAUCCAACAAUCAAAAUCGAACAAGAUUCAAUAUAUUUCAAGGGUGUCAAUGUGUCUGACAAUAAAUCACAUGAAGUAACCAUACCUUUGUAUGACAGUGUAAUUCCGGAGUCUAGCGACUACGUAAAUAAAGGCCGGUGCAUAGAAGUGAUACUCAACAAAAAGAACACAGACGCGUCUUACUGGCCAUCACUAACAAAAGAUAAAAAGAAACCUCACUACCUUAAGGUAGAUUUUAACAAGUGGAUAGAUGAGGAUGAUGAAGAAGAAAGUAGUGGUGAUAUUAGUAAUAUGGACUUUGGCGAUGCAUUCCAAGGAAUGGGUGAUGACGGCGAGGAUUAG